AUGUGUAGUGAACUGAACACAACACAUGGACACUUACCGAGGCUGAAUCAAAGGUAUGGUGAGUUGAAGGCUGCAAUCUGCAUUGUGGGGAUUCAAGCAUUGGCUGAACUCAAUCAGUGGCCUGGUGUACUGGCAUGGAUUCUGCAGCAUUAUGAGUGCCCUGAGAAAAUACCUGCCAAAAUAAUGCAGAUGUGCAUACUCCUAUACACCAAAGUGGGUGAGCAAGCUAUGAUGCAGGAGGCAGGCAAUGUUUGGCUGUGCUGUCCAUCCAAUGGGAGAUUGGCAGGAUUUGGGACUGUAGCAGAGCUGUAUUUACUGCAUAUUCUAGUGCCUUUAGGUCAUAUGACAGAGGCACGGGAGUUGGUUUCUGGUGGGGUGGGAGGUAUUUCAUUCACAGAGGACCAGAAACAAACAGCACUGGAUAUCGUGGAGAAUAAAGAGAACCUCAGCCAAGAACAACCUCCAAGCCCUAGUCCAAACCCCAGUCCUGUGGUGGUGGCUGCUGGACUUAACACACCUCAAGGUGCUGUGAUUCAGAAACUUGAGGCCUUGCUUAGGCUUUUCAACAGAGGACUAUCGGUAGCCAGUGCUGGGUCAUUCCCUCUUCGGAGAGUCUUUCUGGCUGUGGUCCUUCUCUAUAUGCUUUUUGUCCGGAUGGAUCCAGCUCAUCCCUCAUCUUUCCCCUGGAUCUCACGGCUGCUGCAGAUGCUGAAGCAGAUGUGGGACGCCAUGUUUGCUCCUUACUAUCAAGCCAGAGCUCAGAGCUAAGAACUGUAAAACCAUACAGCCUGGUGCUGGGACAUCAUGAGAUCACCGUUGACCCUUAAUCAUGUAAAUAUGAAUUACUGACUGAGAUAAAGAGAGAAAAUCAGGGGUGCUUUUGUUGCCAGCCACAACAACAUGGAUACCUGUCAUAUCAGAAUGUGAACAACAUGGAUACCUGUGAAGGCAGACUGUGAGCAACAUGGAUACCUGUGAACGCAGAAUGUGAACAACAUGGAUACCUGUGAAGGCAGAAUGUGAACAACAUGGAUAGCUGUGAAGGCAGAAUGUGAAAGUAACAGGCAGAAUUAAUUUCCCUGGUGUUGCAGAUUCAGUUGCUCCCAUAUAUGUGUGCGUGUGAGCGAGCGAGAAAGCGAUUGAGUGUGUGUGGUGACACAUUUUGUGUUGAUAUGAAUGGCCCAGUCCAAAAUAACUGUUAUAUGGAGGCAAGCUAAUUAUAAAUCAGAUGCAUGUCAGACAAAUUAUAACUUUUACUUUGACAGAUUUUUAAUUGGUAAAAUUAUAAUCUUCUCAUUAUACAUGAGUCCAGUAUCUUUCAAUAGGGUCUGGCUCCAGCAGAUACCUUCUCAGGACACAGACGCUGUGAGGUAUACGGGCUCAGACAGGUUGAAUGGUGCAUGUAUUAGCGAGCCAGUGUGUACUAGCUAGCUAGUAAUGUGUACUAGCUAGUUAGUAGUGUGUACUAGCUAGCUUGUGGUCCUCUGUAGCUCAAUGUGGUCCUCUGUAGCUCAAUUGGUAGAGCA